AUUGCCAUGAGACAGCUUCAGAAAGCCUUAACACAACCUGGCAACCUUAAGACAACCUGUGGAGAGUGGAGAGCUCAGAUCGAGCUUCUAGCCCUGUCGAGAACUUUAGUCGAUUGUUUUGGGCCUUGGAACGACAGGUCUGAAGCAGACAUGCCACACUCACAGUGUUAGAAACUCGACCAACAGGUUUUCUUUCUUGUCAGGAUUCUUUGCAUGAUCAGCACUGACGUCAUGACCACAGCUUUAGACUGUCCCCACUGAGUUGAUUCCUAAAGGACAGGAUUGUCUUCAGGAAAAACAAAACAUGAGGAUGGAGACUUUCUCAAGAUCACAGAUUCUUCAAGAGUUGAAUUCUCAGUGCAACAAACUGGCUGCCAAUAACAACCGAGGCUUUAAACAAGAGUUUGGGCAGGAGCUGAAUGAUGUUGGGAAAGACCUCCCCAACAGAGCAGGGGGCUUGGAGGCCAAUAGAGAAAAAAACAGAUACCCUCACAUUUUGCCAUAUGAUCACUGUCGUGUGAGGCUGUCAGUUCAAAACCAGAACCCAAAUUCUGAUUACAUCAAUGCCAGUUUUGUCCCUGGCGGAGGAUCAGAGAGAGACUUUAUCUGCACCCAAGGUCCUUUGCCCAACACUGUAGCAGACUUUUGGAGGAUGGUGUGGGAGCAAAACGUCAGGAUAAUCGUCAUGGUGACCGCUCUGAGACAAAAGAGCACAAUCCUGUGUGAUAAGUAUUGGUCGCUGGAAGAAGGGACAGUGUAUCAUGGACUUUUCCAAAUAACAACAGUGACUCGGAAACAGGGUCCAGAUUAUUUUGUGACAACCAUUAACCUACGACAGAGGGACCUGCCGAAUGACAGGAUAAUCACUCACUACUACUACCCGUCCUGGCCGGACCAGGGUGUCCCGAACCCAUUUUCUUUGUGUGCAUUCACUGAGCAUGUACGGCAGCAUUUGGAAUCUCUUCCCCGCCUGGGUCCAGCUGUGGUUCACUGCAGUGCAGGCAUUGGCCGGUCAGGGACGUUCGUGACAUUGUUGUGGCUGAUGCAGCUGUGUGUGAGAGGGAUCCAACCUGACAUCAAAGCUGCUGUGAAGGACCUUCGGCUGCAUCGAAUGUGGAUGGUCCAGACUCUUGAACAGUAUAUACUUAUUCAUCACUGUCUGUUACAUUGGCUUGGCGAAGGAGUAUCACCAAGGCAACAGAUGCAGGGACCGGGUUUGAUUUCUAACCAAGCCAAGAAGGAUCGACCGCAGAGCUCAGGGAGGAGGAAACGACAAAGCUCCCAACAGAAACCUUCGGCAGACCAACCCCAGAACACAGUGCAGCAGAGUUUUAAACCUGGGAACCUGCUGAGGAGGCUGAUACCCUCCUUGUCACAGAUGAAUCAGGCAUCGCAAAAUGCCUAAAGACAUUUUGAAGAAUGCAUAGAAGCGCUGAAAAGCAUGACAUCUGAUGUAAAAGAGAAAAUACAUUCUUCAUGCUGCUUAAUAUUGAACUUCUAAGGGUGUAGCUAAUGACUGCAGAUACGCUGCUGUAUGUACACUGAGAAGCCCCAGAGGCAAAGAACUGCCGUGACAACACAGAUAAAUGUUUUUAACACCGACACAGCAGUUUGUACUGUAACCAGGAUGAAAAACUAAGGGAAUAAUUCAUCAGGCUAAACCUGUUAUUCUGCUAAUCUACUAUUCAUGAGAAACGGAAGCUGCUACCUUUGCAUCCAGUAAAAUACUGCAGGCAGAGCCUUUUUUUUAGGUCAACAAAAAACUUCUGAGCUAAUAUUCCUGGUGAGGGCAGCUGUGGGGCUUUUUUUUUUAAAUCUCCAUUGGUGAUAGAGCACUGCUGACAUGUAUUAUAUUAACUGUUGCAAUAAAAUUUCCCAUUUUAUUCCUUUCAUAUUAAAACUAUCAAGCCCA